ACUUUUAGAUUGAAGAUCUGCAGGAUCAGAACUAAACGAGAACGAAGCAGAACCAGGACUCGGAGAUGGACCGGGAUCAGAACCAGGACUCGGAGAUGGACCGGGAUCAGAACCAGGACUCGGAGAUGGACCGGGAUCAGAACCAGGACUCGGAGAUGGACCGGGAUCAGAACCAGGACCAGGAGUCCAGCAUCAGGACCAAAGCGGGAUCUUCCUCUGCUGGUCUGCAGAAACAUAAAGGCAAAGAGAGACCCACAAGUUAUCGUUGUGAUCACUGCAAGAAAGUCCUCACCACUUCAUCAGGUCUGAGAAUACAUAAGAUGAUUCACACUGGAGAUAAACCGUUCACUUGUGAUCAGUGUGGAGCAGCUUUUAUCACUAAAAGUAAACUAAAGAUUCACCAACGUAUUCACACUGGAGAUAAACCAUUCACUUGUGAUCAGUGUGGAGCAGCUUUUACCACAUCAGGUUAUCUAAGGACUCACCAACGUAUUCACACUGGACAUAAACCAUUCACUUGUGAUCAGUGCGGAGCAGCUUUUACCCAACAAAGUAAUCUAAGGACUCACCAACGUAUUCACACUGGAGAUAAACCGUUCACUUGUGAUCAGUGUAGAGCAGCUUUUACCCAACAAAGUCAUCUAAGGACUCACCAACGUAUUCACACUGGAGAUAAACCGUUCACUUGUGAUCAGUGUGGAGCAGCUUUUACCAGAAAAGAUCAACUAAAGAUUCACCAACGUAUUCACACUGGUGAUAAACCGUUCACUUGUGAUCAGUGUGGAGCAGCUUUUACCACUUCAAGUAAUCUAAAGAUUCACCAACGUAUUCACACUGGAGAUAAACCGUUCACUUGUGAUCAGUGUGGAGCAGCUUUUACCCAAAAAAGUAGUCUAAAGAUUCACCAACGUAUUCACACUGGAGAUAAAAUAUUCACUUGUGAUCAGUGUGGAGCAGCUUUUACCAGACGAGAUAAUCUAAGGACUCACCAACGUAUUCACACUGGAGAAAAACCAUUUAGGUGUGAUCAGUGUGGAGCAGCUUUUACUGAGUCAGGUAGUUUAAGGACUCACCAACGUAUUCACACUGGAGAUAAACCGUUCACUUGUGAUCAGUGUGGAGCAGCUUUUACCCAACGAGGUAGUCUAAUGACUCACCAACGUGUUCACACUGGAGAAAAACCAUUCAGAUGUGAACAGUGUGGAGCAGCUUUUACCACAUCAGGUAGUCUAAUGAUUCACCAACGUAUUCACACUGGAGAUAAACCGUUCACUUGUGAUCAGUGUGGAACAGCUUUUACCCAACAAAGUCAUCUAAGGACUCACCAACGUAUUCACACUGGAGAAAAACCGUUCAGAUGUGAACAGUGUGAAGCAGCUUUUACCACAUCAGGUAGUCUAAUGAUUCACCAACGUAUUCACACUGGAGAAAAACCAUUCAGAUGUGAACAGUGUGGAGCAGCUUUUACUGAGUCAGGAAGGCUAAAGAUUCACCAACGUAUUCACACUGGAGAUAAACCGUUCACAUGUGAUCAGUGUGGAGCAGCUUUUACUGAGUCAGGAAAGCUAAAGAUUCACCAACGUAUUCACACUGGAGAUAAACCAUUCAGAUGUGAUCAGUGUGGAGCAGCUUUUACCCAACAAGGUCAUCUAAAGAUUCACCAACGUAUUCACACUGGAGAUAAACCAUUCAGAUGUGAACAGUGUGGAGCAGCUUUUACCCAACAAGGUCAUCUAAAGAUUCACCAACGUAUUCACACUGGAGAUAAACUGUUCACUUGUGAUCAGUGUGGAGCAGCUUUUACCACAUCAAGUCAGCUAAAGAGACAUCAACGUACUCACACGAGUGAUAAAUUCUAAAGAUGUGAUCAGUAUGAAGUGUGGAAUUGCAAAAAACACCUCUCCACAGCAAAAAAAAAGCAAAAUAAUCAGACAACGUCAUACCAAAACUUGAAAGACUAACAUAUGAUGCCCCCUGGACACCUCCUGGGAAGGUGUUCCUGGCAUGUCCCACCAGGAGAAGAUACAGGACACACCGGAGGGAAUAUCUUUUGGCUGGCCUGGGAACGUCUCUGGAUCCCACAAGAAGAGCUGGAGGAAAAUGUGUGGGGUGAGGGAAGUCUGGACAUCUCUGCUCAGACUGCUGCCCCCGCUAAACAGUCCCACAUCAAGUGGAUGAAGAUGGAUGGAUGGACGAAAUCCAUAUAUCUGCAAAAAGUACAACUUUAUUGUUACACCAUACUGAGAUACAGAAUUGAAUCUAACUAUUCCACAAAUAUUGCAUUAGCACAUCUCUAACAUCUCUGCCUUCCUCCUCUCCACCCCGAGUCACUGCCACCACUGGCUGAAGUGGUGCUGCUGCAGGUUCAUCCUAUGAUGUUUCAUAAGUCUUUCCAUGACUUUCACACAGAUUAUGCAGUGGACAGGAAGUCAUCACCAUUCAUUUCACCAGUCGGACAUCACAGAAGGCAACCUGCUGAAUUCAUCUUCCACAACCACUCGUGCUCGAUUGACUUUGUGCUUAAACGCAGACUGUUCUGCUGUCAGUCGUCCAGUGUCAUGGAAUGGUUUCAAGAGCCAGUCCUGCAAAGGAUAAGUAGAUUCUCCAAGAAGGAAAUACCCAGCAGUCUCUGUAUAUUCCUGAUGUGAAAUAGGAAGAUGUUCCUCCGACUGGCUAACUCCUGUGUAUGUAUUAUAUAUGUAAUCAACCAUUUGUCCUUGAGAGCUGAACUUUCAGGAUCGAUUCCUCGAAUGCUUUGCUAAAUUUUCCCCUUUUUAACAUUUCUUGAUAUUUUGAUGUUAAAGGUAUUGUGACAUCAUUUUUAACAUGCUUUUAACACUAUUAAAAGUCUUGGCCAACAUCCCUCAAAUGUGUCUAAAAGAGUGUAACAAGAAAAUAUUCACUCUAGUACUCUAUUCCUGGCUUUUUAUUACAGUGUUUUUUUGCGCCGUGAAAAAUGCUUCCUUUCCCCCUUUCCUGUCAAUCAUUUCGCCGCUCCUCCUCCAAACCUCCUCCUCCUCCAGCCAUACGCUCACAGCGGCGUCGGAGCGACAGGCGAAGCAUGCACGGAAAAGCAGCACGGCCAACCACAGCAAACAAUCAUAAAAAUAAAGGCAUGCAAGCAGCAGUGUCACUUUAUCUUAAGUCCAGUCAGUGGCCGCGGGUGUUCUUAGCAGUUUUCCUCCGGUGAUUAGAACAAAAGAGGCUCUAAACACUAAACAGCUCCGUGUUAAGCCUGAUUUAUGGUUCCGCGUUAAAUCGACGCAGAGCCCUACGCCGUAGGGUUCAGCGUACGGUGCGCGUCGCCGCGUAACCCUACGCCGUAGGCUCUGCGUCGGUGUAACGCGGAACCAUAAAUCAGCCUUUAUGGUGCGCUGGAGAGGAGAGGAGGCAGGGAGCUGGGUGGAGGGGGCGGUGAUUUAGCGGGCCGUUACGUAACGGCCCGCCACCAAACCACAUGCGCCGUUUUUGCACAGUUAUGCGGAAAAUCCCAGAAAGCACACAAUACACUGAAUGUUAAAAGUUCGUUGUUUUUUGGGUGUAAUUGAUGUCAAGACCCCCAACAAAACACAAAAAAUCAAGAAAAAUGUGUUUUUCAUGUCACAAUCCCUUUAAAGCCACUGUUUUUGGCAAUUUCUGUACAUUUAAUACAUUUCAGUAGCCUUUUACCUGAAGUCUCCAUUAACACCAAACUUGGCACUAUUAAUUUUUUGGAUUGUACUUG